AUGUCUCGCCACCGGAAGAUUGACUGUCAUUCUCAUUACCUUCCGCCGGGAUAUCGGGACGCAUGUGCCGAGAAUGGCCACAAGAACCCAGAUGGGAUGCCUGCAAUUCCUGAGUGGAGUGCGGAGUCUCACCUGGAGAUGAUGAAGGCAGUCAAUAUCACCAAAUCAAUCCUCAGCAUCAGUUCGCCUGGCACCAACCUUGUGCCGGGCAACAGCGAGUUGACUCGAAAAGUCACGAAAUAUUGCAACGACUAUGCCGCAGAUCUGAAGAAGCAGAAGCCAGAGCAAUUCGGAUUCUUUGCAUCUUUGCCAUUGACAGACGUCGAAUGGUGUUUACAGGAGAUCCCACGGGCUUUGGACGAACUCGACGCAGACGGGUUCGUGGUAAUGACCAACUUCGGCGGCUCGUAUCUUGGUGACAAGGCAUUUGACCCGAUCUUCGAUGAGUUGAACCGGAGAAAGGCAAAGGUGUUCAUGCAUCCGACCACGCCUUGCUUGAAGACGGGAACAGCAGCAACACCACUGCCGGAUUUCCCACGACCGAUGUUUGAAUUCCUCUUCGACACUGCGCGGGCGGUGAUCAAUCUCUUUUUGUCGGGCACAGUCAGCCGAUGUCCCAAUGUCAGCUUCUUGGUGCCUCAUGUUGGCGGGACAUUUCCACCGCUGAUCAACAGGUUCUCAGGUUUUGCUGCGGCUGUCAAGAUUCCUGGAGUCGACUCUGCUGUCAAUCCUAAUUGGGUGAAGGAGAGGCUGAACAAGCAGUUCUACUUCGACACUGCUGGGUGGGCGUUUAGUGAGCAGAUGAAAGGUAUGUUGGAGUAUGUGACUGUGGACAGGAUGUUGUAUGGGAGUGACUUUCCAUUCACGCCAUUGUCUCAUGUGCAAUUCCUUUCGGAUCAGCAUGACAAGUAUCUGCCUGAAGUGUUUCCGAAUGAGGAGGAUCAGGAGAAGCUGUGCAGUCAGAACGCCUUGAAACUGUUCAGUGGUGGAGAUGCACGAUUCACCCAAUCAGUCAACUUGUCACAUCGGCCUCUUCAUCGACAGUCGCCCACCACGGCGUUGUCAACUUACAACGAUCUCGACACCGCUGACGAUAAGAUAUACACUGCUCCUCCGCCUCCUCACUCUCCGCUAUCCGCAGCAUCGUCCUCGAGUCCUCCUUCUCCCCGACCACCACCCUUCUCUUCCCUCUACUUUCCUUCAGACGCCGAGCUCGACCGUAUCAGAGCCACUGUUACCGAGACUGCCUGCGACUCGCUACUAACAAGUGCCCCGGCUCCCUCCUUCGAGGAGGCUCUCGCCGAAGACGAGGUCGAGUGCAAGGCUGAGGCCGAGACAAAGGCUGCGCUCCCCCCAGACACAAAGCCACAGUCUUCCAGAGCAGUCGAAGAAGGAGAGCCUCCGCCACCUUAUACCGAAGGCUCAAGUCCUCUAGACUCCUUCAGCUACAUCAUGGCGGCAGCUGGUGGUGCGGCAAGCAUUAUCACUCAAGUUCAGCAAACACCUGGUCCGCCCAUCAAUACAUUAGGAGCAGGAGAAGCUGCGGCUGAUGAGCACAUCACCUUAGAUCUGAGAGGAUCCCGGUUCACUUUAUCCAGGGAGGAAUUGUUGACCUUGCCUGAAUUCGUCUUGCUAUCCCUAUUCCCCAAUGGCCUCCUACCAGACGGUCACAUGAACUCGUUUCAUGAUGGCGAUGUCUAUCCCGUCGACUAUGACCCAGCUUCCCUGCAAUAUAUGUUAAACUUCUUUCGUGACGUGGCACAAUCCAUACCCUCAACAUCACCUUCCCCAACCACGCCUCCAGAAAAUGAUCCCAUCUCAAUCGAACCACUCCAAGGCUCUACCAAGGACAUGCUUCAAGAUCGCGCCGGAAUCAUUGUCUUGAGAGAAGACCUUGACUUCUAUGUUAUCCCUCCUCGAGCAGAUAUUGAAGCGGUGGAAAUGACCGAGGUCAAAAGAGCAGCCGGGAGGUCGCUGCUCAAGCAAAAUGGCAUCUUCUCUGGGCUCAAGCGAAGUGAAGAGGCUGGCACAACGGAGCAACAUCUGAUAGAAAUGUUGACUGCCGGCGGAUUCAACCACGACGACAGUUGGGGACACCGAGCAGGAGAACCGAAUAAAGCGGUCAUUUGCAGUCUGGCACUUGCUCGGCUACGAACAGAUGUCAAAGGUGAUGUGGCAGGAAGUAAUGCCGUGGGUAUGGCUCAAAAGUUGCUGUUGUUUUGGCGGAAACCAGCAAGGAGAUGCUGGUGGGAAGGCGUUGAGCUGGAUGAUGUGGAAGGCGUCGAAACCAGGGUGAAAGUGUGGAUUCGAAGAGUAUGGACUCUUGAAAUGAGCGUAAUUGGUUUGCGAUGA